GAGAGUGCUAUAGUGUAGGCAGCGCUUACAUCUUCCGUGCCAUAGGCGGAUAUAAGCCUCUCGGUGAUGAUACACACACACUCUGCAGGGAGACGAUUCUUUUUUUUCGACGAGGAAAACAUUCUCUGUCAAAUCGUCACAUGGGGUCAAUCGCUUCCUGCAUCGCGACUGAACUACUUCGUUUUUACCGCUUGGAUCGUGUAGUGUUAUUAUAUUGUUAAGAUCGCCGUUCCUCGCGCGCCGCUGAUGUCACAUAUUUCAUUGCGAUGAUAAGCAAAGUUAAAAAUGCCAUGUCCUCCCUGGUGGGGGGAAUUAUCCCGCACAGCCAUCCGCACGGAUCCGCGCAGAACGGCGGCACGGACGGGCUCCCGCCGCGCUUCCCCUACGGCCGCCCCGAGUUUCUGGACCUGACCCCGGAGCUGCUGCAGUACUCCACCGAACACGCGUCCAGACCGGUCAUCACGCUCAGUAGAGACAGCAGGCUGCCUUGGCGAACGGGAUACGCGGAGGUGAUAAAUGCUGGGAAGAGCAUGCUGAAUGAAGACCUGGCUUCCUGUGAGCUGAUGUAUGUUAGGAGGAUGAGUAGCAAGCAUCAGCGCUGCUCCAUGUUGGAGGAGGGUGGGGACAUCUCAGGCAUUCCCAUACACUUCUGGGGAGUGUUUGAUGGACACGCUGGCUCUGGUGCUGCUCUCAUGGCGUCCAAAAUUCUCCACCGGAUCAUCCGUGAUCGGCUUUGCGAUGUCGCCCAUCUUCUAGAAAAUCAAAACUGCCCUCCGCCUAUCUGCCUGGCCAAGAACGGGAGCCCCUUCCAGGCUGAGGCGAAGAAAGGGGCCUGCCUAGAUGGAGAGGACCAGGACGGGCCCCCGGAUGAGCCGCGGUUCCACAUGGAGAAGGACAUCAGUGUGGAGAGCCUGGUCAUGGGCAUCAUAGAGACCGCCUUCAAACAGAUGGACGACCUGAUCGAGAAGGAGAAAGAAUCUUACAGUAUCUCUGGUGGCUGUUGUGCCUUGAUGGCAAUUCACUUGAUGGGGAAACUCUAUGUAGCAAACGCAGGAGACAGCAGAGCCAUAAUUGUCCACAACAAUAAGGUCAUCCCAAUGUCCAAUGAAUUCACACCAGAAAGUGAAAGACAACGCCUACAGUACCUCGGCUUCCUCAAACCGGAGCUGCUUGGGAACGAGUUUACACAUAUGGAAUUCCCCAGACGCAUCCAACACAAGGAACUCGGCAAGAAAAUGCUCUACAGAGACCACACAAUGACUGGCUGGGCAUAUAAGACAAUUGUAGAAGAUGAUCUCAAGUUCCCGUUGAUUUAUGGGGAGGGGAAAAAGGCUCGAGUCAUGGCUACUAUUGGAGUAACGCGUGGUUUAGGGGAUCACGACUUGAAAGUCUACAACUCCAACAUUCAUAUCAAACCCUUCCUAUCCUGUUGCCCAGAAGUCAAGGUAUACAACAUCUCUGAGCACAAACAUGGGCCUAAUGAUGUCCUGGUUAUGGGUACUGAUGGACUAUGGGACGUUACAACUGAUAAAGAUGUUGCGGAGGCAGUGACAACUUUCCUGUCUGGCCGUGAGCCCAAUGAUCCCAUGAGGUACACUCUAGCAGCACAAGACCUCCUGAUGCGGUCGCGCGGAGUCCUGAAGGAGCGAGGUUGGCGGCUGCCCAAUGAAAGACUUGGCUCGGGUGAUGACAUCACCUCGUUUGUCAUUCCAUUGGCCGGGGCAGAGUUAGAAACAUGACUAGGUUGGUCCGCCUUCACUGGACAAGCACAGCAGGACACGUCCUUGGCUCCAUCCCAGAGAAAGGGCUAGGAAAACCAAGAAAUCCAUUUUCAAACUGUCAGAUGGCUCGGAUAUGAGAGACGUUAAAUGCAACUUUCCCUUGUCCUCCUUCUCCCCGUCCGAGUCGUACCAUGAAUAUCGUCAAGCCCAUGUCAGGUGUGAGGUGACGUCAUCAAGUGCCAUUUCUCUCGCUCUCCAUCUCCUUUCUGAUUUGUCGAACGCAAACCUCCGCAAGUCAGUACGGGACUGGAGGGCUCAUAAUGUUUGGGUAUUCUUUAAUCUGAAUCUCAGUGUGGCAAAAGGAAUAAGCCAAAACUGCUUAAACAUCAACGCCCUGAUGGCAAGGGAAAUAAAAACGAAGCACUUUAUAUGUAGCAGAAUCCAUUUGAGCUGUAAUUUAAACUGCUGAUUAUAUUUCCAAACUGUUCGGUCUCCAAAGAAUGUUUCUGUUGACUGAAUUUAAAGGGAUAGUUCACCCCAAAAAGGAAAAAUGUCGUUACAAACCUGUAAGACUUUCGUUCAUCUUCACAAAUGAACUGAGAGAUUUCUGUCCCUCCAUUGACAGUUACGCAACUACCACUUUGACUUGGCGUCAAAAAGUUCAUAAAGAGAUCGUAAAACGACACAGGGGUGAGAAAUUAAUAACAUAAUUUUCAUUUUGGGUGAACUAUUUCUUUAAGGUUUUCUAUAGCAAGAUGCAAUCAAACAACAAAAAACAGUGGGCAUUUUCUGUGAAUGCAUAGUUUUAUUUAGUUCAUCUCAGCUGUUUCGGGUUCAGUCAGGCAUAGUUUUAAACGGACCCAAUGCAAAUGUCUAUAUUCUGGAACAAGUAUUAAUCACACUUCUGUAAAACUAGUUGAACCAAGCUCAUUUUCUCUACAUCGGUACAAAUAUCUACAUGUACAAAUAACCUAAAACAUCAUUGACAUGCACCAGGCUUUCUAUACCCAAAUGAACUGAUUGCUUGAACUGCUGAAUGACCUGUUUAUUUUGCUGUAGAUAAAACCUCAUUUGGUCUGAAACUGUGUCAGUAAAGAAUCGCAAAUCAAACAAUGUAGAUCCAAAUCUGAAACCGAGAAUCCUGAACUUAGUCAUUGGUCUUUUUGUACACCUUGAAUGUACCUUAUUUCCUUUACUCGAUGUCAGUGUUGUGUCUGUGUUGUAUAAUACAUGUAUAAAUUGAUUUAUGCCUUUCAAUUGAUGAUUCAUUGUCAAAUGAGCUAUCUUUGCAAAUGAUGUGAUUCUAAAUAAAUCUAUCCUUUUUAUAAUGA